ACGGUUUUAGUAAGGAUUCUACACAAUGUUUGAUAAAUGAGAUCCCACAGUUUGCGUGGAAAGUUGCUUACGCAGUUUUCCGACACUGUUUUGUGCGUAAGCAAGCUUGAUAAAUGAGGCCCCUGGUUCCUGCAGCAGUCUUGUCAUUCUGCUUCCUUCUUGGAGUUCCUGGAAAAAUGUUUGGCAUCAUCCUUAAACCUAACUGGAAGCAUUUAUCCAGUCUGAGCCAGAGUUUGCUGCUGAAUCUGGCCAUCUGUGACCUGCUGGUAAUGCUCGCCCUUCCGGUAUGGAUUUACUCUUUUUUUCCAUGGCUGGAUCUUUGCUGUGGUGGCCUGUAAGCUUUUAGCAUAUACCGAGUACCCCACCAUUUAUGCAGCCUAUUUCUAUGGCUGAAAUUUUCAUUUAAUAUAAUAAUAAGAGUCUGAAACAAAUCUUACCUGUGUUGUUGUUGCUGAUCAUGGAGAUCUGAUGGUAUCUUUAGAACAUGGGGUGUGUACUCUGGAGCAGUUUGUAGUGUGAAACAGCCACCGUGAGAGUAAACUCCUUCAAGUCCAGGGCCAUGGUUCUCAGUUGGGAUGAUUCAAAGGUCAGUCUCUGCCUCUAAAGUUUGAUAUUUAGCAGAAAGCAGCAAGACAUGAAGAGAUUCAUUAACAUAAAUCAGGGUUGGCUGGACUCCGCUUCAGAUUUAGGGUGAGAAACUCAGAAGAAGACACAAAGAACUGCUGAUCCUUUGUAUUAAAAUUAAAUUAAAAUCUCGUCUACACACGUCAUCUAGAAUCUUCUUGCCGUAACUGGCGACAGCCAUGAAAGUCGAAGUGGUGAGAAAGUAACUUUUGUGUUUUGAAAAUGGGCUGCAGUAACCAAAUUUGACCACAAGAUGGCAUUAGUGUUUCAUUCUUAUAUAAUGCACGUUUAAAAAGUUCUGUAUAACAAAGUUUUACUUACAUAGAUUUGUUCAGAUUUAAAGCCAUUGUUUGUUAAAUGAAAGGGCCAAAAAUGCAAAAGUGAUGGAUAAGGUUUCUGUCUCUUUCCAUCUACAAUUUCCUGUUUUUUUAAAAGUUCCUCUUUGGUAUAAAACAAAAGACACGUUUACCACUGUCAGUAGCUCAGAACAAAUCGUCACACAAUGGAUCAACCAAAUUCCACCAUGGCUACUUUCAACUUCACCUCUUCUGCAGGACCUCAUCCUUCCUGGGACUCCAGCGGUCUGGUUCCUGCGGUGAUGUUGUCCCUCGUCUGCGUUUUGGGAGUUCCUGGAAACAUCGCUGUGAUCAUUCUUAAGCCCAACUUUGCGAGAAUGUCCAGUCUGAGCCAGUCUUUGCUGCUAAACCUGGCCAUCUCUGAUCUGCUCUGCCUGAUGACCCUUCCUCCGUGGAUUUAUGCUUUCCUGUACGGCUGGCACUUUGGCGUGGUCGCCUGUAAGCUUCUAGCAUACGUUGAGUGCUGCACCAUUUACGGUAGCCUUCUCACUGUGACCGGACUAGGCAUUCAACGCUACCUUGUUGUCGUGCACCGGCAGAGCUGUCAACAGACUGGACUGCUGCUGGCUCUGCUCUGGCUGGUGUCUUUCACCCUGUCCACUCCGUCUUUGGUGACUCGAAGCGUUAAAAAUCAACUGUGGCCAGACUGUCAAGACCAGUACUCUUCUGAUUCCCAACAGAUAGCUUCACUGAUGACAGAGACCACGUUUGGAUUUCUUUCCUUUAUUAUUGUGGCUUUUUCAUACAUUCAGAUCAAGAGAACUGUUAACCAGUCAGCCUUUUUCAAAUAUCCACAGACGACCAGACUGGUUACCAGCAUCAUCGUAAGCUUAUUUGUCCUGUGGGCUCCAUACCACAUUGUAAACAUUUUGGGUGUGGUUGCCAUUUGCCUCAAAAAUGAAAGCCUUUUGAAGUUUUAUAAAGACACAAAGAACAUUGUAGGAUCGGUAACAUUCACAAACAGCUUCCUGAAUCCAUUCCUGUAUGCUUUUGCAUCUGGUAAAAUCAGCAUGAGCUGUCGAAAACAUAAACCAGUAACGCAAAUGGAAACAAUCUCUCAGGUAACAGAAGUUUCUACAGUUGCAGAACUUUGCCAGUGACAAUAUUUAGAAAUGUCAUUUCUCACUGCGUAAAAGAUGAUGAUGGUGUGGGUUUGGAACAGUUCUUGAAGUUGAAGAAAGUAAGUGCUGGUACUACCAUUAAGAGAGACAGAAUAUUUGUUCUGUAGUUUUGGAAAUGUCAACUGAUAAACUGCACGAAAAAGUGUCGGCAUGUGCGGGUACCAGAAGUUCAAAAUAAAAUCGGUUAUAUGAUGUAAUCAUCUAUUUGUCACAACACGACUUACAUAAUACACAUUUUAAUGAUUUAUUGCGAUGUAAAAAUACUUUUUUUAAUUUAAUUUACCUUUAUUUAUCUUUGCUGUUAAUUACCAAACAGAUUCUGACUAUAAGUUGAACCCAUUUAGUUCCUCUUUGGUUUAGUUUGCAUCUAAACAGGUUCCUGUUGAAGAUGUGUCUUCUCUUUGACAUUUUAGUGUCUACAAUAAAACUUUUAUAUGUCAAUUAGUAUUUCACAGGAAAUGUUGCAGUUCGCUACAGUAGGAAGUUACACAAAUGACAAUAAAGUAUCUUUAAAAAUUAUACUGUGACUUUUAAACAACUUAUUGUUUUAUUUAUUCGCCUGACACAGAAACAGGGUUUCAUUUUGUCUCCUGGAAAGUGUUUCUUCAUAAAUUACUUUAUCUGUUUUAGUCUUUUCAUUGAACUUUUUUCUUUUCUUUAACAUUGAAUUUAAAUUUAAAGCUGGGACUGAGAUCAGUUUUGCUCUUUAUAGAAUGUUUGUUUAUUGAGUUCCUUCUUAAAAAUAGGCAACGACUAUUCAUUCAUUCAUUCUAAAACCCAACUGUUGCUGUAGAGAUGACGUCAACAUUGAUGAUUGUGGUUAUUAUGUAGUGCAUAAACAUCCAGGGCAGACACAACCAGUUGGAGUAAGGAAGUUGUCUCUAUUGUUGUUUCGUUGGACUAGGACAGUACAUUUGUGUGUAAUGCGGUUCCAGGGAUUCACCAGCAGUUAGGUGAUCUGAGUUUGUCUGUAAAACCUACCCUUAGAAACCUUGGAGUUUUCUUUGACAAGGGAAUGUCUCUUGAACAUCACUCAAGGCAGUUAACUAGAAACUGUUUUUACCACUUGAGACAAAUUUCUAAACUCAGAACAAUGGUGUCUAAAGUUGAUCUUGAGUUGAUUAUUCAUGCGUUUACAUCAUCCCGUUUAGACUACUGUAAUAGUUUAUUUUCUUGUCUAAACAAAAAAGAGCUGUCCCGCUUACAACAAGUCCAGAAUUGUGCAGCUAGAAUUCUGACCCGUGACAACAGAAGGGCCCACAUUACCCCCAUUUUAAAAGCUCUUCAUUGGCUUCCAAUCUCAUCUCGCAUCAAUUUUAAAAUUCUUGUGCUGACUUUCAGAGCGCUGCAUGGUCUGGCUCUAUUGUAUGUUCGAGACAUGCUCUGCCCUUACACGCCUUCUCGCAGGCUGAGAUCUCUGCAUCAAAACCUUUUAAUGGUCCCACGUACUCAGUUCAGGACACGAGGAGAUCGCUCAUUCCAGGCCGUCGCUCCUAGGCUCUGGAAUGAGCUACCUCUGUCUUUACGCUCAAUCGACUCAGUUGAUGUUUUUAAGAGCCAAUCUUAAAACCCAUUUGUUUCUCCAGGCAUUUUAAACUUAGUCUCAUUCGGAUUGGUUUUAUUUGACACGAUGUAUAUUGUGGCUGUAUUUUACUGUAUUUAUAUGUUGUUGCCUUUUAACUUGUGAAGCACUUUGUGACCUUUUUGUCUGUGAGAGGUGCUAUAGAAAUAAAGUUACUUACUUACUACUUACUUACUUACUUGUGCUUUUACAAUAGCCUUCUCAAUUUUCUUCUGAAAAUCUUCACAAGGUUUGGUUACUAGAAUUAGGGAACAUCGAGAGCAAAAGCAGAAGAGAUAAAGAGAAAAAACAGAACUUUCAGUCUUUCAACCAAUAAAGAAGGUCUUCUUUUAAUUUUCUGUUUGUUUUUCAAACACAAAAUGUGUGCAGUUGUUUCAGCUGCGUAACCAGUACAAAUUAAAUAAAAAAUCCUUUAACAGUUUACCAAUUUAGUUCUGAUUUCAAGUUAAAGAUCACCUGUUAUACUCCUCAGUGAAAAAAAUUAUGUCAAUAUUUUAUCAACAUUAAAAUAUUUGCCUGUUUCACAACUGUAACAAAGCCUUUCACCAGCAGAUGGCAGGCUAUUUCCAUUUAUAAACCAUUUAUUCAGAACAAAAACAGACAAUAUUUCCAUUCCAGUUUUACCGUAAACUGAUGCAAAUUUAAAUGUGUUCAAAAUUCUAAACUUAUCUUCAAUAAGAACAAGGGCAUAGUCAACAAGUCCCAUUUUUGGUUCUUUUUUAAAACGCAGGAAAGGUUUCUCUUUA